AUGAGCUUGGCAGCAGGCGACAACGCAAAAUGUAGGCUGGCAGGCAACCGAGCGGGGCUCAUCGAGGCUCGCGAAGAGAGCGACUCCGAGUCGGAUGGCGGCGCCCAGGCCAAGGCCUCGGCCGGCUUCCACUUCCUCCAAGACUCGGACGACGACUCGGACAAGAGCGAUUCGGAGGAUGAGCCUGUUGCGCCGCCCGUUGUCGUGCAGCCCAAGGUCGUGAUCGCACCUGCUACCAAGAGCAAGAACAAGAAGAACAAGAAGAAGAACAAGGCCAAGGCAGCGACCGAGAGCGACGACGUCGACGACCUUCUCGAUGCGCUGGCGUCGCAGCAAUUGCAAGACGACGACGAGGGUAAGCCUGCGCCAGGCCAAGUCCGCCACCGCAACGAGCUCUUCGCCGUCAACGUCGGUGCGCUCAACGCAGACAAGGAAAUGAAGCGGCUCUUUGGAGUCAAGGGCGCGCGUGAGACGCUCAAGAACACGCGGAACGCAGCGCGCCGGUCGACCAAGAAGGUCGUGCUCGUGACGCCGGACGACUCGUGGCCGCGCCCGCCUACGUUUGUGGGCGGCGGCAUCCGCUGGACGCGUGUCGACAAGCCGGCGUGUCCGUCGUGGGACCUUGGCUGCGACUACUUCCAGGUCGAUUGGUCGCUUACGUACAAGAAGAUGCAAGAGCAGUUCCAGGUGCUGCAAUCGACGCACGACCCGAACGCGAUUGGCCACUUCCUCGCCAAACACCCGUACCACGUCGACGCGCUUCUUCAGAUGAGCGAGGUCUUUCAGCAUCACGGUCAAAUGGACCACUCGGCCGACUGCAUCAAAAAGUGCGUCUACUUUCUCGAGCUCGCGUGGGGCGAGCAGUACGACGUCGCCAACGGCACGGCCCGCAUGGACAUCCACGCGGGUGACAACGCUGCGUACUUUCGCGCGCUCUUCUUCCUCAUGAAACAAGUCGGUCGGCGCGGCUGUGUGCGCAGUGCCUUUGAGAUUGCCAAGCUCAUCUGGAGCAUGGACCCGAAGGGCGACCCGAUGCACGUGCUGCUCUGCCUCGACUACUACGCCCUCGCAGCGCGUCAGUGCCAGUUUGUGCUGGACCUAUAUGCGAGCCACACCGAGGUCGUCGUCCGCCACGGGUCGGCGGCCGUGCCGACGCACCCGGCUUCGGCAACUGUUGAUGCGCUCCCGGGCCUCCAGUUCUCCGCCGCGCUCGCCCUGUACCAUCUCGGCAACGAAGCGGACGCGACGGACGCGCUCGCCAUCGCCCUCGCCAAGUACCCGCGCGUGCUCAAGCCGCUCACCGACAAGUGCGGCAUCUCGACGACGUCCAAGGCGUGGCAGGACGUGCUCUGCAGCGCAGUGUUUGCCAACAGCCCGCACCUCGACGACAAUGGCGGCCUCGCGCACGUGCUCGACAUCUACGUGCUGCGCCACCACUCGCUCUGGAAGGUGCAGGACGUGCAGACAUUCCUCCUCGCGAGUGCGGCGCGCGCCAGCAGCAGCUACAACCGCGCGACCUUUGAGCGCGACUGGCCGCAAAGCUCGCCCCUCCAAAAGUACUACCGUGCCAUCACGCCGGACUACUCGGACGACGUGACGACGCUGCCAGCAGACCACCCGAUGCUGCAGCCGCCGCAAAUGGCAAUGGACCCGAACGGGCUCGACCCCGCGCUGCUGGAAGAGCUCCAGAACAACCCGAUGGCCAUGGCGCAGCUCCAGCAGCAGCUCCAAGAGGAGCAGGCGCGCGUGGGCGGGAACCUCCCGGCGGACGCCAACCCGCUCCUGCUCUUCCUCCAGACGUUCUUGCCGUGGAACCGCGUCCAAGAGCAUGUCCCGAUGCGCGACCGCCUCCCGCGCAACCCGCUCUUCGAGGACGCCGACGAACAGUAG